CCUCUUUGCAUCAACCACUCAACUACCUCCUGAACUUUCUUUGCAACUUAAAGAUGCAAACUUUUUUGAAAGUUCAAAUGAUUAUUGUUUAGAAACAUUUCGGAAAUAUAAAACUGAACGAAAUGAAAACUUUAGCCCUUCGCAACAUGGUGUCUAUAAACAACAAUUACAAAAAAUAGCAAGCUUGAAUGAACCACGCUAUAAAUGUUACAAAGAAAAGGCUCAGAAUAUCCGAACUGACACUUUUAAUAUCAUAUUUAAAAUUCUGCAAGAAGCAAGGCCUGAUCCCAGAAGACAAAUUAACGACUCUAUUGGUAUUAUGCCACUAAAAGACUGUGACAUUCAAAGGCUAAUCAAUGUAAUCAACAACAAUAUUCAUAAUGCUACACAUGGUAAAGAUAUAUCCAAAGAACAUUACCAAUUUUUGGUUUGUGGAGAACAUUUUCUGAUUCAAUAUGAUCCUUCAAAUAAUUGGAAAUUGAAAUCAUGGAUUCACCAGUUGUUGUCUGAUACUGGUGGCUUUCCACAUGCUCUGGAAUACUUGUUAGAACAUUUUUUUGAUGAGAUCGAAAGGCAUAACCCAAACAUUUUUUUCAAUGAAGUUGCAUCAGAUCUUGAUAAACAUCUCACUUGGGCACUUAUCCAUUAUUCUAUUAGAUCAAUUCCAGUUAUGAAAACGGAUAUUCCUUCACAAGAAUACCUUGAUGAAUCAUUCGAAGUAUUAGAACGAGAUAGACAUCUUGUUCUUAAUCACCAUGGUGACAAUAAAUAUGUGGACUGGGAACGUUUUGUGGCUGAAUUCGAAGCAUUCCACAACAAUGUUUUAAUUGAGUUGAAUAAAAAGGUGAAAUCACUUCAGGAAAUUUAUCAUAGCACUUAUGGCCAUAAGAAUAUAUUAGAGUUACACAUCAAACUUCGUCCUCUUACUGUUCGUCAUAUCUGGGAACAAUUUUCAUGUCUUAAAUUAAGUAAUUCAAUAGAUCUUAGUGAUGUAGACUGGAGGUCUAAUAAUAUAAUAAUUAAUGGUUGGGCAGCACCAUUUGCGGAUUGCUUUCGACGUGAAAUUACUGAUGAUGAGACUUUUCUGCUCAUUGCUGAACACAAAAAAAAUUUAAGAGUAUUAGAAAAAGCACAAGAACCACUUAGGUCACGAAAUGAAAUCAUGGAAAAAAUUCCUGAAAUGAAGAACCAUCCGGAUGCUGUGAAGAUGAUGACAUUUUUUCCUUAUGAAGAUGAUAUAAGAGAUUUAGAUUCACCAAAGAAGCGGUGUAUUGAUCCUGAAUGUCAAAGGAUGAGUCAUGUUAAA